UAUAUCAUUUCGCUUUAUCUAUCACAUGUUUGGAGUUGGUGCUCUUUUUUUUUUUUUUAUGCUGUUCACGCUUAAAAGUUUCGCACCGAAGUUCAGCUUCCUCUCGAGUCCAGCCAGCAUUUUGACUUUGUUCUGUGCUAAACUUUGCGUUUCCGCGUUCAAGGUCGGCAGACAGGAAGCAGCCGCGGAUGAGAGAUGAUUAAACAGGGUUUUCGUAGGAUGAAACAUGAGCAUAUGUAGGUAACUUUUUGCUGGUCUUGGCAUGGACUGUAUCCCACUGGAGAGCCAUGGAUGGCAUCAACCGGGGAUGGAGAUCAGGUAAAGGGUUGCGUAAGUGGUUCCUGUGGAAGUACAAAAGAGACGACCUGUUUCGUUGGGGCGAACUUUCAGAUGACACCGACUGUGAAGAUGAAGAAGACCCGUUUGAAUUGUCAGCUCAGGCCAUGGAGAUUGAUGCUUGCGUUCCAAGAAAUGAACUGAGAAUCUUUGUGGGUACGUGGAAUGUGGCGGGGAGGUCACCAGUUGGGAGCUUGGCAGAGGAUUUGGAUGACUGGCUGAAUCUUAAAGAUGCAGCUGAUAUGUAUGUCCUAGGAUUUCAAGAGAUUGUACCGCUAAAGACAAGGAACGUAAUUGGAGCAGAAGACCUUAAAGAAGCAGCAAACUGGAACAUGCUCAUCGGAAAAGCACUGAAUGAGAGAUAUGGAUGCCCCUGGUUAACCCCGAUGCUAAAUCCAAUCUCAGAUGACCACUAUCAGUAUGCGGGAACUUCAGAUUAUGAAGGAAGGAGGAGCAUUAGUGGCAGCACGAUGAUUUCAAUGCAAGAGCAUCCCACGAAGCGUGGUAAAUCAUACACCGGCAGCAAAUAUAAGCUCAUGGCAAGCAAGAAAAUGGUCGGGGUAUUUAUCAGCGUGUGGAUGAGAAAGGAUCUGCUGAGGAGAUACUGUGUUUCUAAUGUUAGAGUCUGUUCAGUGCCAUGUGGAAUUAUGAAUUAUCUAGGGAACAAAGGCUCGGUUUCAGUUAGCAUGUCUAUAGGAGGAACUAGCUUUUGCUUCAUUGCUGCACACUUGGCCUCUGGUGAGAAGAAAGGCGAUGAAGGCCGAAGAAAUCACCAAGUCUCGGAGAUAUUCAGGAGAACUUCUUUCCCUCAUUCCAAUAAAGAUGACGGCAAAAAUCAUCCUCUAACUAUCCUCGGACAUGAUCGAAUAUUCUGGUUUGGGGAUCUGAACUACAGGUUGUACUUGGAGAAUGAUUUACCCAGGGAACUGAUCAGAGCGCAGGACUGGAGGGCAUUGCAACAGUUUGACCAGCUUCAGAAAGAACAAGAAGACGGAGUGUUCCAGGGCUGGAAAGAGGGGCACAUAGAAUUCCCACCUACGUAUAAGUAUUCCUCACUGAAUGGUAAUAGAUACUCAGGAGGAUUACCCAGCAGAUUUAGGGAAAAGCAACGGACUCCAGCAUGGUGUGAUAGGAUCCUGUGGUAUGGAAAAGGAGUGAGGCAAGUCUCCUACUUUCGCAGUGAAAGCAAAUUUUCUGAUCAUCGGCCGGUUUCUGCUCUAUUUGCCACACAGAUAGAAGUAGCAAAAUCCAACCCCAUAGUUGCUCCACUGCCUGCCAUUUUCACAUCCACAGCUCCUUCAAUCGAACUCCAAAGUGGGAAGAGUGUUCACUGUGAAAAUGCCACAUCUACAUUGAUGCCACUGAUUGUCAAGGAUAUGGAAUCAUUGCCAGAAGCUACACUGAAGUUAUAGAUAACAAGUCAUGUUGGACACAGAUGACCUUCCAUCAACUAUGUCAUCAAAAACAGCUUCUAAAAAGCUACUUGAUCAGAAGUCCUCUUGGUCUUUUAAAGGUGAUUUUUGUAAUUUAGAAAUAGAGUAGGUGAUAAGCAAAUUUAUUCAAGAGAUAAGAGAUAGAAGUGAUUGAUAGUUGAAUUAAUGUAAAUGAUAACACGAGAACAGCAUGAAAGCACAACGCAAUGAAAGAAUUGCGAUUGGAUCUUUUACCCCUCAA